AGUUCGUACAUAGCUGAAGUGGUGAAGGUGGAGAAAAUUUUCGAAAGCGCAGUCUACAAGAAGAAGAACCUCAGAUGAUAUUGCUGGAUGUUGGCCGCCUUUCUUCUUUCCUUCAGCACUUUUGAACAUUUCAUCUACCUAUCGGCGGAGUUCACUGAACAGUACAUGGAAGAUCGAAGGUGUGGUUGGGCCAAAAACGAUGUCCUCAAAGUCUACGCCAUGAGGAACUACGGAUACGUUUUCCACCUACCCUGGAUGCCUUUUAAUCUACCAGUUCUGCUGUAUCUACGCUUCAUUCACUACAGCAUAACGCUGGCGUGGACCUACCAGGAUGUCACAAUCGUGAUCAUGAGUUCGUACCUGACGAUGCGCUUCGGGCAGCUGUUUGCUCGCGUUGAAGCUGCACGAACGCUGCGAUUGCCGAGUUCUUUUUGGCAGGAAAUUCGGGAACACCAUGUUAUCCUGUGUGAACUACUCAAUCGGACCAACCACAUGAUUUCGCCGCUGUUGCUAAGUUCCUGCUUCAACAAUGUCGCUCUGAUUAGCUACUUUGCGCUGCACAGUUUGAAAACUCAACACUUCGUCAUAUCCUACGUUUACUUCUGGUGCUGUGUGGGGUUUCUGGUGGGAAGGACUUCCCUCGUUUUGCUGACGGCCGGUGAGGUGCAUCGGACCAUGGAGCGAGCUGUCCUGACACUUCAUCGGACUCCGUCCGAGGGUUGGUGUUCGGAGCUGGAACGGUACGAUGUUCAACUGCGCUCGGAGGAAUCCACCCUAGGGGGUCUGAAAAUGUUCGAAGUGACCAGACGGACCGCUUUUACGAUUGCCUCACUUAUUUUUACCCUCGAGUUGAUAGUGAUCAAAUUUUCCCGACAAGCUGGUGCAAACACCGGUGUUCCGGCAAACUGUUCCCAGUUGGCCUUCUCACAGGAUUAAUUUGAGUUUAGAUUA